UAGAUGGAAGGUUCUAGAUGACAGGGAGCAUCUGGCACUGUGUAAGGAACAGGUAGGUCAUUUCUGGAUUGUUACUGAGUCAGUUCAGGCAUAGGGGUUGGGGGAGUCUUGGAAAGAUCUGGAAAGGAUGAGGAGGUAUCUGGAUCUACUUUGGAACUUGGCUCAGAGCGUUUAAAGUUCUGCUUUGAGGCUAUGGAGAGUUCUAGGGAACAGAUGUCAAAGGGAGUUCUAGAAUGAUGCUUUUCAAAGAGAAGCCUGUGACUGGUCCAGGGAUGAGGUAAGGGGUUUGCCCAAGAAGAGGGGUUCUCAACCUCCACACGAUUGACACUUGGGUUGGGAUGAGUCUUUGCUGUGGGGGCCAUUCUGGGCACCGUAGGGCAUUGAGUAGCAUCCUUGGCUUCAAUCCAACAGAUGCCAGUGUCUCCUCCAAAUUGUAACAACCAACAAAGUAUUGUCAAUGGCACCUGGAAGGCAAAAUCACCCCCCACCCGAUCGAGAACUUCACUCUAGAAUGUAGAUCAUCCUACUUAGUUCAGCAGACAAUUUUUUCCCAAGGGUAGACUUUCUCAAGGAAAGAAGCAGGAUGCUGAUUUCCAUUCUGGCGCAGCCUUCUUAUCCCAUGAUGGACUGGCCCUUCGAGUAGCACACUGUUCCAGAACAAGAGGUGCUUGGGGGGAGGGUGUAGCUCAGUGGUUGAGCACAUGCCUAGCAUGCACAAGGUCCUGGGUUCAAUCCCCUGAGCCUCCUCUAAAAAUAAAUAAAUAAACCUACUCCCCCCACAAAAAACCAAAAGAAAAUGAACAAGAGGUGCCCUAGAAGUGCCCUGGCCCACCUGGAGGGAGGUCCCAGGAGAGUGGAACAGGACGGGGUCCUAGAUCUGCCCUGGAGCACGACCGCGAACUCUGAGGUGCCUGGGUUAGGAAGAGCUGAUUCUAGAGCAAGCAGCUUUCUAGACUGACCUUCUGGCCACAAGGAGCAUCUUAAGCACUCUCUUCUAGGGAAAGUCACUUUAAGAGGAGGAGGGAGACUUGAGGGAAGAAAGGAUUCUUAAGCAGGAUCUCUAAAGAUUCACCCACAGACAUAAAAAGGUCUUUGAAGGGUAGGAAGGUUCUAGAAAGGCUUAGUGGGUAGCUUCUGAGUGCUUGGGAAGCUGUGGGUCUGCCCAGACAUAUGCAUCCCCCUGUUCUGUCCCCUCCAGAUAUGAUUGGCCAGAGGAGCCGCAGCAGCAAAUGCCCCACAGAGGCAAAAGUCAGCAGCGGGAGGGCGACCCUGCGGCUUCGUGCUGGCGGGGCCGCCGCCGUGGAGGAAAUGCCCAGUGAAUUUGAAGAGGAGGCAUCUCGGAGGGUGGAUGACCUGCUGGAGAGUUACAUGGGCAUUCGGGACCCAGAGCUGGGUAAGGGGCCAGGCAUCCACCAUGGUGGAGACAUCCAAGGAGACAGCGAGCGUCCAGGAGUUUGCGCGCCAUUUAGACUCCGUCUUGGGCGAGUUCGCCUUUCCGGACGAGUUUGUGGUGGAGGUGUGGGCCGCCAUCGGCGAGGCCAGGGAGGCCUGUGGCUAGUCUGCCCCGUGGCUGGGCGCAGCCCCAGCCCACAGCCCAGCCCCCUGCCCCAGCCCUACCAGCCAGUUCCCAAAGUGCAGCCCUGUUCCAGAGUCCAGCCCACAUCUGAGACCCAGCCCUGCUCUAGAAUCCAGCUCAGCUCUGAGGUCAAGCCCUGCUCUAGACCCCAGGAUAGCUCAGAGGCCCAGUUCAUCACUAGAACCCCAUCCAGUUCUGAGACCCAGCCCAGCUCCAGAACACAGCCCAGUUCUAGAACCCAGCUUUCUUCUAGAAUCCAGGACAGCUCUGAGGAAAAGCUGAGCUCUGACAUGAAGUCAAGUUUUGGAACUCAGACAAGUUUUAAGACCCAGCUUAGCUGUGAAAUGAAUCCUAAUUCUGGAAGCUCUAUGACCAAGCCCUGCCUUAAAACUCGACCCGACUCUGGAAUGCAUGACAGCACCACGACACAGCCGUACCUGGACACCUGCUCUAGCUCAGGAACGCCACUUGGUUCUGGAACCCAGGUGAGACUCAAAAAGCAGCCCAGCUCCAGAAGCCAUGCCAGCUCAGGAUUCAAAGAGGGUUCCCAAACCCAACCCUAUUCACGAACUCAGACCAGCUCAGGAAACCAGAUGCAUGCUGCAGCCCAGUCCAGGUCCAGGCUCCAGCCUGGCUCUAAAACCCAGUUGCACUCAAGUACUCACCCCAAUCCUGGGGCCCAGUCCAGCUCCAGUGAUGAGUCCAGCUCAGAGGCUGAGCCCAGCUCUAAACUCCAGCCUAGUGCAACAAGCAGGCCCAGCUCCAGGAUUCAGACAAGCUCUGGACCCCCAACCGUCUCUGGAGGGGGAGCCUCCUCCAGAGUUCAGUCUGACACUGAGCCCUGUGCUCACUGCAGAACACAGAGCAGCUCUAGAAUGCCAUCUAGCUCCGGGACCCAGACAGACUGUGAGGCGAGGCCGAUUUCCAGAGUUCAGUGCAGCUCAGCCACCCCGCCCAGCUCCAGAACUCAGCACAGCUCUAGAGCACAGACUGGCUCUGAAAGCCCAUUUAGCUCUAAAACACAGUCAAUUGCUGAGACCCAGCUGAGUUCCAUAAUCCAGCUAAAGCCUGGAAUCCAGCCAAGUCGUGGGACCCAGACCAAUGCAGCAACAGACUUAAGCUCCACAGCUCUGUCGAGCUCCGAGAGCAGGCCCAGCUCCAGGACCCAGCCCCACCCAGGGGCUCAGCAAACCUCUGGGACUCAGCUCAUCUCGGAAACCCUGCCACGUUCUCAAUAUCAAUUCCAGGCCACAAUCCAAGGCAGCUCUGGUGUUGAGCUGGACUCUGAGAAGCAGACCAGCUCUGGAACUCAGCUCAUCUCUAAAGUCCAGUCCAGCUCUGGGACUCAGACAAGAUCAAGAAUUCAGCCCAGCUGUGGAGCCCAGCUCAGCUCUAGAACCCAGUCUAGCUCCAGGACUCAGUUCAGCUCGGAGACUCAACCCAGCUCUGAAACCCAGACCAGUUCAAAAAUACAGCCCAGCUCUGGAACCCAACUCAGCUCCAGAACCCAGACCAGUUCUGGAAUCCAGCUCAGCUCUGAGACACAGUGCAGCUCUGGGACCCAGACUGGAACAAGAAUUCAGCCCAGCUCUGAAGCCCAUCUCAGUUCGGGAACCCAGACCACUUCUGGAAACCAACUCAGCUCCAGAAUACAGAGCAAUCCAAGAAUUCAGUCCAGCUCCAAGACUCAACCCAGCUCUGAAACCCAGACGAGUUCAAGAACUCAGCCCAGCUCUGGAGUGCACCUGAGUUCCAGAACCCAGCCUGUUUUUGGAACCCAGCCCAGCUCCAGAACCCAGACCAGUUCUGGAACACAGUUCAGCUCUGAGACCCAGAACAGUGCAAGAAUUCAGCCCAUCUCUGGAGCCCAGCUUAGCUCCAGAACCCAGUUCAGUCCCAGGGUUCAGCCCAGCUCUGAAACCCAGACCAGUUUAAGAACACAGCCCAGCUCUGGAGUCCCCCUUGGCUCCAGAACUGAAUCUGCUUCUGAAACCCAAUCCAGCUCCAGAAGCCAGGCCAGCUCAAGAAUCCAGGUCAGUUCUAGAAAUGGGAUCCACCCACAGACCCCUAGCCUUGACCCCAGAACCCAGCCAGACCUUGCUCCCCCAGCCCGACCUCAACACCCAGGACCACCACCCAGAGCCCCAGCUCCAGCUCUGAGCAAAGUCUCUUGCCCUCAGCCCCAGACUCAUGAUCUGGUACAAGGAACCCAGGCUGAUACUGGCCCGGGCCAAAGUCCAUCAGCUUCCCGGCUGGCCCCACAGCCACAGGCCCCCGCGGUCCCUCAGAAACCAGCCCUUUCCCCCAAGCCCCAGGUGGGACUCCAGAAGCUCACCCCGCCCACCAAAUCCGUCAUCCCUAGUCUGCCUCCAGGGCGGCCUUCCUAGGCCCCUGUCCCCGCAGCUCACGGAGUCCGGCGGCUCCGCGGAGAUCAGAGCCCCUCCCCCACCAAGGGGUAGCAUAGUUUUGGCCCCUGUGGCUCCAACCGCCUCUCCUGCCCCUCCAGGCCUGGGUCCCCCAGAAGUAGCGGUGACCUCAUUCCUCUAUAGGUCAGGGAAGGCGGGGAGAGUGGAAACGGGCUUCACUUUCACUCCCGCCUGAGCCUGGCUCUGCGAGGUGUAAGCAGGCCCCAGUCUGUGGAGGGGAAAGAGGCGGCAGGAGGCAGUUUGCUCUUCAUGUACCUCGAGGGCUCGGCGGAAUAAAGGCACCUCCC